UGCGACCCGCCUCUUCCCGGAAGAAUGAUGGCCGCGGCCUAAGCGGUGGCCCGUUGGAGGCGUCGCGGACGCUCGGGUCGCGCUCGGAGGAUCCUGGGUGCGGCGAGGGAGGCCGCUCCCGGCCACACUUGCAGGCCAUCCUGCAGCGCGGACCGCCGCAGCCAUGACCUCCAGGCAGGCUCCCCGCUGCGGCCUGGCUCCCCGCUGCCUCUGGCUCCUGGGGGCUGUGCUUCUGAUGGACGCGUCCGCCCGGCCCGCCAACCACUCGUCCGCUCGGGAGAGAGUGGGUAACAGGGAGGAAAACGAGAUCCUGCCUCCGGACCACCUGAACGGGGUGAAGCUGGAGAUGGAUGGGCACCUCAACAAGGAUUUCCACCAGGAGGUCUUCCUGGGCAAGGACACGGACGGCUUUGAAGAGGACGCGGAGCCUCGGAGGAGCCGGCGGAAGCUGAUGGUCAUCUUCUCCAAGGUGGACUUGAACACCGACAGAAGGAUCAGCGCCAAGGAGAUGCAGCGCUGGAUCAUGGAGAAGACGGCCGAGCACUUCCAGGAGGCCAUCGCGGAGAGCAGGGCGCACUUCCGUGCCGUGGACCCCGACGGUGACGGCCGUGUGUCAUGGGAUGAGUACAAGGUGAAGUUUUUGGCGAGCAAAGGCCAUGAUGAGAGAGAAGUUGCUGAUAAGAUAAAGAAUAAGUGGGAGCUGAACGUCGAUGAAGAGACACAGGAAGUCCUGGAGAACCUCAAAGACCGCUGGUAUCAGGCGGACAACCCGCCCCCGGACCUGCUGCUGACGGAGAGCGAGUUCCUGUCGUUCCUGCACCCCGAGCACAGCCGCGGCAUGCUACAGUUCAUGGUCAAGGAGAUCAUCCGGGACCUGGACCAGGAUGGCGACAAGCAGCUCUCGCUGUCUGAGUUCAUCUCUCUGCCCGUGGGCACCGUGGAGAACCCGCAGGGCCAGGACGUGGAUGACGGCUGGGUGCGAGACAGGAAGAGAGAGUUCGAGGAGCUGAUCGACGCCAACCACGAUGGGAUCGUGACCGUGGCGGAGCUGGAGGACUACAUGGACCCCAUGAACGAGUUCAGCGCCCUCAACGAGGCCAAGCAGAUGAUCGCCAUUGCCGACGAGAACCAGAACCACUACCUAGAGCCCGAAGAGGUGCUCAAGUACAGCGAGUUCUUCACAGGCAGCAAGCUGGUGGACUACGCCCGCAGCGUGCACGAGGAGUUCUGAGCUGCUGGCCGUGUCCCGCCAUGCCCCCGCCCCCCAGCCCCCCCCACUCCCCGGCCCCGGCCCCUCCUGCAGCGCCUCACAGGCUGGCUGGGCUUCGAUUCCCGCGUAGUCGCUGCAUCUCGCUUCUGAGAACUCGGAACCCUUCCGUCGGAGCCACUGCCCGCAUCAGGGCCUGCGGGCUCGCCACACCGUGGGAAAUAACGCACCUCCUGCCGCUUCCUUGAAAACAAAGAUGAAGGCUUUGCUGGAAACCAGCAGCCGGCAGUGGGGGGUGGGGUGGGUGGGAAGGGGCUGUGAGAGCCGCUGGCCCGCGGCAGUCAGUCUCCGAGGAAACGCGAAUGCUGGUGACAGGAAUCACAUUAAUUUACUUUAAAAUAUAGUUGCCUUUUUCUC